AUGGUAGAAAUUAAAUCAAUAGUUAAAACUAAAUCAAUGAUUGAAAUUAAAUUACUAGUUGAAAUUAAAUCAAUGGUUGAAAUUAAAUCACCUGUUGAAAUUAAAUCAACAGUUGAAAUUAAAAUUAAUUGUUUAAG